AUGAACACAAAUCAGGGCACCCACCGGGCUCUGUGGUUCAUCGCAGGCUGCUUGUUGUUCGUUGCGACGGCGGGGGAGGCUCGGAAUGUGAGCGUGGGGGUGGUGUUGGAUAUGGAGAGCUGGGUUGGGAAGAUGGGGCUGAGCUGCAUCCACAUGUCGCUGUCGGAAUUCUAUCAAGCUAACCCUCACUACAACACUAGGAUUGUUCUUCACCCCAAGGACUCCGCCGGCGAUGUCGUUGGCGCGGCGGCUGCAGCUCUUGACCUCAUAAACAAUCAUAAAGUUGAAGCAAUUUUGGGGCCAACCACUUCAAUGCAGACCAACUUCGUGAUCAAGCUCGCCCACAAAGCUCAUGUCCCCAUCCUUACCUUCACCGCCUCUAGCCCCUCUCUCGCCUCCCACCGCAGCCCCUACUUCUUUCGACUCACCCACACUGACUCUGCCCAAGUUGCCGCUAUCACCGCCUUAGUCAAAGCCUACAAUUGGAGAGAGCUGGUUUUGAUCUACCAAGACGAUGAGUUUGGAGACGGGAUGUCACCCUACUUCAUCCACGCAUUGCAGGGUGUCAAUGCGCGCGUCCCAUAUCAGAGCAUCAUUGAUCCAACGCCUACCGAGGAUCAGAUCGAGGAAGAGCUUUACAAAUUGAUGACAAUGCCGACCAGAGUGUUGUUGGUGCACAUGUUGCCGUCUCUGGCGAUUCGCUUAUUCUCUAAGGCCAAUGAAAUUGGAAUGAUGAGGGAAGGCUACGUUUGGAUUCUGACUGACGCCACCACCAAUUUGCUCGGUUCCAUGAGCUCCUCUGUUUUGAAGUCCAUGGAAGGAGCUUUGGGAGUGAGGACAUAUGUCCCGAAAUCAAUGGAGCUCGACCGUUUCAAAAUUAAAUGGAAACGAAAAUUCAUAGUGGAAAACUCUGUCCCCAACGACCCAUAUUUAGACAUCUUCGGACUGUGGGCCUAUGAUGCAGCUCGAGCACUGGCAAUGGCAGUUGAGAAAACAGGGGCCAAAAACUUCACAUUCCAAAACCCAAAUGGAUCUGAAAAUCUAACCGAUCUUGAAACGUUGGGGGUUUCUCGAAACGGGGAGAAAAUUGGGGAGGCCUUGUCGAAGACGAAGUUCAUGGGGCUGACUGGAAACUACGAGAUCGUGAAUGGGCAGCUGCAAUCGGCGGCAUUUGAGAUUGUGAAUGUGAAUAGUAAUGGGGGAAACAGAGUUGGGUUUUGGAAUCCUGAAAAGGGAUUGUUGAGUAACAAUAUGACAGUGGUUUGGCCGGGGAAUACGGCGGCGGUGCCGAAAGGGUGGGAGUUUCCGACGGCAGGGAAAAGGUUGAGAAUUGGGGUUCCGGUGAAGGAAGGGUAUAGUGAGUUCGUGAAAGGGUAUUGUACGGACGUGUUCAAUGCGGUAAUAGCAACACUUCCAUAUGAUGUUCCAUUUGAUUACAUUCCCUUUGCACUUCCGAAUGGAUCUAGCGCCGGUUCCUACGACGACCUCAUCAUGCAAGUUCACAAAGGGGUCUACGACGGUGCAGUGGGAGACAUAACCAUCAUAGCAAACAGAUCCAAGUACGUUGAUUUCACCUUGCCAUUCACAGAGCCGGGAGUUUCAAUGGUGGUUCCAACACAACCCAACUCCAAGAACAAAGCCUGGCUCUUUCUGAAGCCUCUCACUUUAGACCUUUGGAUCACAAGCUUAUGCUUCUUUGUCUUCACAGGCUUUGUGGUUUGGAUUCUGGAACAUCGAAUCAACCAAGACUUCCGUGGUCCUCCCUCUCAUCAUAUCGGCACCAGCCUCUGGUUCUCCUUUUGCACCAUGGUCUUCGCCCAAAGGGAGACUUUGAUAAGUAAUUUGGCGAGGUUUGUGGUGAUAAUAUGGUUCUUUGUGGUGUUCAUUCUAACUGAGAGCUACAUGGGGAGCUUGACUUCUCUUUUGACGUUGCAACAAUUGCAACCGACCAUUACAAAUAUAAAUCAGCUGUUGAAGAAGCAAUCAUCGGUGGGGUAUCAACAUGGCUCAUUUGUUUGGGAGCUAUUGACUUCUUUGGGGCUUAAGAAUCUCAAGCCUUAUGGGUCUCUUGAGGAACUCGACAAGUUGUUCAAACUAGGAAGCUCCAAUGAUGGAAUUGAUGUUGCUUUUGAUGAAAUCCCUUAUAUUAAGCUCUUCCGUCGCAAGUUUCCUAAUAAGUACACCAUGGUUGAUCCCAAUUAUAAAACAGAUGGAUUUGGAUUUGCAUUUCCCAUUGGUUCACUGUUGGUGGCAGACAUAUCAAGAGCAAUUUUGCACGUGACAGAGAGUGAGAAGAUCAACCAAUUACAUAAGGAAUGGUUUAGUGAUCAAGCCAACUCCUGGUCUUCCAUCCCAAAGGUUACUUCUUCCGAGCUCAGCAUGAACAACUUUUGGGGUCUAUUCCUCAUUGUUGGAGUUGUUGCCAUUACUGUUCUCCUCGUCUACUUCGUCAUUUUUCUUUACAAAGAAAAACACACACUUGGUCGCACCGCCAAUGAAGGCUCCAACUUCUCGAUUGGAAAUAAGAUACGAGCACUACUCAAAAUCUAUGAUCAAAAAGACUUAACUUCGCACACGUUUAAAAAGAGUAAUCCUCCUAAGGUAGUAGACAACAAGAUUUAUCCGAUCCACGAUGACUCCGUUGGCAUCUCACCGAACUCAAAUUAUCCAUCAAGUCCAUCGAAUUAUUCGGUUCAUGACACGAUCUAUGAGUCCUUUGAGUCUGGAGAUUUGAGUCCGAAUAAUCAAAUUGUCGAAAUGGUGAUCCAUACAAUAACGGAGGUCACUCCCCCAAACGAGGAGUAG